GUUUGGGCCUACCGUGUUGGGCCUGGGCCUACCGUGCUGGGUCGGGCCUGGGCCUGGGCCUACCGUGCUGGCUUGGGCCUACCGUACUGGGUCGGGCCUGGGCCCACCGUGCUGGGUUGGGCCUACCCGGGUGCGGUUCAAAGCCACCGGCUGCAGGAGCCGAUACCGCCCGUCCGCAGCGAUAAGGGGGGAGGCGCCGCCUGUUGGAGCCCUUGGAGAGGGGGAGGGGGUGGGGAACCGGCUCUGUGCACCCGGUGGGCUCCGUGCUCACGGUGUGUCCACGGGAGGGAUUUUACGGUGCCGCCCGUGAGCACGGUCCAUUGAGGUGCAUGGAGACACGUUGGUUUUCACCAUGAAUUUUGAAGGUCUCGACCCUUCUCUUGCUGAAUAUGCGCCUACGUUGCAUCCGGCGCUGGAUCCCGUCCUGGACCCUCAUCUUAACCCCAACCUGCUGCAGAACGUGGAGCUGGAUCCCGACGGGGUGCCCUUAGAGGGUAUUGCGGUGCCAGAGUCCGUGCACAUCGUGGAGGGCAUGUAUAGUGAGCUGCACACUGCUGUCUCCGAAGUGGGAGUGCCCGUGUCUGUCUCCCAUUUUGACCUCCAUGAAGAAAUGCUGUGGGUUGGGAAUCAUGGGGGCCACGCCACCUCGUUCUUUGGCCCAACGCUGGAGCGUUACUCCUCCUUCCAAGUGAACAGCAGCGAUGACAUCCGGCAGAUCCAGAGCCUGGAGAAUGGGGUCCUUUUCCUGACCAAAACCAACCUGAAGUGCAUGUCACGAGGAGGCCUCAUCAUAUUUGACUACCUCAUGGAUGAGGCCGAGGACAUGCACAGCCUCCUGCUGACGGACAGCAGCACUCUGCUGGUUGGCGGACUGCAGAACCAUGUGAUUGAGAUAGACCUCAACACCGUGCAGGAGACACAGAAGUUCACUGUGGAGGUUCCUGGCAUCACCAUCAUGAGGCAAUCAAACCGCUUCUUUUUCUGUGGUCACACCUCAGGGAAGGUCUCCUUGAGGGAUCUACGCACGUUUGUGGUGGAACAUGAGUUUGAUGCCUACUCAGGCAGCUUGUCUGACUUUGAUGUCCACGGGAACCUGCUGGUGACCUGCGGCUUCUCCAGCCGGAUGAACGGCCUGGCCUGCGACCGCUUCCUGAAGGUGUACGACCUGCGAAUGAUGAGAGCCACCACCCCUCUGCAGGUCCACAUCGACCCCUUCUUCCUCCGCUUCAUCCCCACCUACACCUCCCGCCUGGCCAUCAUCUCCCAGACAGGUCAAUGCCAGUUCUGUGAGCCCACCGGCCUCGCCAACCCAGCCGACAUCUUCCAUGUGAACACCGUGGGGCCUCUGAUCAUGACCUUCGACGUCUCAGCCAGCAAACAGGCCUUGGCAUUUGGUGACUCUGAGGGCUGCGUGCACCUCUGGGCUGAUUCCCCAGAGGUCACUUUUAACACCUAUUCCCGGGAGACAGACUUUGCUCUGCCCUGCAUUGUUGACACGCUGCCACACUUGGAUUGGAAUCAGGACCUCGUGCCGCUAUCACUCAUCCCUGUGCCACUGACCAGUGAGACCUUGUUGUCAGACUGGCCUGCAGCCAACUCAGCCCCGGCACCUCGGCGAGCUCCUCCAGUAGAUCCCGAGAUUCUGCGCACCAUGAAGAAAGUGGGGUUCAUUGGUUACGCUCCAAACCCAAGGACCAAACUCCGCAACCAGAUCCCCUAUCGGUUAAAAGAAGCAGACAAUGAGUUUGACAGCUUCAGCCAAGUUCCUGAGUCCCCGAUUGGGCGGGAGGAGGAACCUCACCUCUACAUGGUGGCCAAGAAGUACAGGAAGGUCACAAUCAAAUACUCCAAACUGGGGCUGGAAGAUUUUGAUUUCAAGCAUUAUAACAAGACUCUGUUUGCAGGCCUGGAGCCCCAUAUCCCCAAUGCCUACUGCAACUGCAUGAUCCAGGUGCUGUAUUUUUUGGAGCCUGUCCGCUGCCUGGUCCAGAACCACCUGUGCCAGAAGGAGUUCUGCCUGGGCUGCGAGCUGGGCUUGCUCUUCCACAUGCUUGAUCUAUCCCGAGGAGACCCCUGCCAGGGAAGCAACUUCUUGCGGGCUUUCCGCACAAUCCCAGAGGCUUCAGCACUGGGGCUGAUCCUGGCUGACUCAGACGAAGCCACAGGGAAAGUGAACCUGGGGCGACUGAUUCAGAGCUGGAACCGUUUCAUCCUUACUCAGCUGCACCAGGAGACCCAGGAGCAGGAGGGACCGCAGGCGUAUCGGGGGGCUGGCAGCAGCACCUUUGGGUCCUCGGGAGAUUCUGUUAUUGGGCAGCUGUUCAGCUGUGAGGUGGAGAACUGCAGCAUGUGCCGCUGUGGGAAGGAAACCGUCCGCGUGUCUUCCACGCUGCUCUUCACCCUCUCCUACCCUGAGAGCACUGAAAAACCAGUCAAAGACUACGAGUUUGCCCAAAUUUUAAAGAGAAGCAUCUGCUUGGAGCAGAACACACAGGCCUGGUGUGAGAACUGUGAGAAGUAUCAGCCCACGGUCCAGACUAGGAAUAUCCGCUGCCUUCCAGAUGUCCUGGUCAUUAACUGUGAGGUGAACAGCUCCAAGGAAGCAGAUUUCUGGAAGACACAGGCUGAGUAUGCCUUUCAGAGAGCCCUGAUGAAGAGAGGAGGCUUUGAGAUCACCAAAGGCAAAGAAAUGUCUCUUGGAGAUUGGAAGGAACUGGGAAACCCCGAGGUGGGGCAUUCAUAUCCUUCUGUGGAGGAACUGAAGAACAUUUGGAUCCCCCACGCCAUCAAGAUGAGGCUGACCAAGAAUAAGGAGCUCGAUGUGUGCAACUGGAGCGAAAGCGAUGAGGGCUCCUUCCUCCCCCAGCUGAGUCCAAAUGACGACCCCGAGUCGGUGUAUGUCUACGAUCUCAUGGCCACAGUUGUCCACAUCCUGGAUUCCCGCACAGGGGGCAGCCUGGUGGGUCACAUCAAAGUGGGAGAGACCUACCACCAAAGGAAGGAGGGAGUCACGCACCAGCAGUGGUAUCUCUUCAAUGACUUCCUCAUUGAGCCCGUGGAUAAGUGCGAGGCUGUGCAGUUCGACAUGAGCUGGAAGGUGCCAGCUAUCCUGUACUAUGCCCGGAGGAACCUCAACUCCAAGUACAACCUCAUCAGUGAGUGUCCGAGUAGAAGUGGCUGUGUGGGGGCAAGCUGUCUGCUCCCAGCUGAUCCCCCUUACCCUUCUCUUGCAGUCAAGAACCCAAUUGAAGCCAGCGUGCUGCUGGCAGAGGCCUCUCUGGCUCGCAAGCAGCGCAAGUGCCACGCCACCUUCAUCCCCCUCAUGCUGAGUGAGAUGCCACAGGCAGGUGACCUGGUGGGGCUGGAUGCUGAGUUUGUCACAUUGAAUGAGGAGGAGGCUGAGCUGCGCAGCGAUGGGACCAAAUCUACCAUCAAGCCCAGCCAGAUGUCGGUGGCCAGGAUCACGUGCGUGCGGGGUCAGGGUCCUAAUGAGGGUGUCCCCUUCAUCGAUGACUACAUCUCCACCCAGGAGCAGGUGGUGGAUUACCUGACGCAGUACUCGGGGAUCAAGCCUGGAGAUUUGGAUGCCAAGAUCUCCUCUAAGCACCUCACCACUCUCAAAUCCACCUACCUGAAGCUGCGUUUCCUCAUCGACGUGGGUGUCAAGUUUGUGGGCCACGGGCUGCAGAAGGAUUUCCGUGUCAUCAACCUCAUGGUGCCCAAGGACCAAGUGAUCGACACCGUGUACCUGUUCCACAUCCCAAGGAAGAGAAUGAUUUCCCUGCGCUUCCUCGCCUGGUAUUUCUUGGACCUUAAGAUCCAAGGUGAGACCCACGACAGCAUCGAGGACGCCCGCACGGCGCUGCAGCUGUACCGCAAAUACCUGGAGCUGAGUAACGACCCCGACAACUUCCGCAAGGUGCUCAAGGCUCUGUAUGAAAAGGGCCGUAAGCUGGACUGGAAGGUGCCCGAACCCGACAGCCAGAGCAGCCCCAAACAUGGGGCCGUGUUUCCCCCCGUGCUGGCGCUGUGAUGGGGAUGAAGAGCAAUGGGGACUGGGUUCAGCGCUGCCUCGUGUGGCCCCGCACUCCCCGCCGGUACCGGGAGGGGCCGCCGGUGCCCGGUAUUACCCGGUAGUGCCCGGUACUGCCCGUGUUGUCAGCCCGCUGGUUCGGGCGAACCCAUAAAACCACCUCGGAGCUCA